AUGCCGGUCGCAGUAAUUACAGGAGCAUCUUCCGGAAUUGGUAGAGCUACUGCUAUUCGUUUUGCAGCUGAGGGGUAUAGCCUCUCUCUCACUGGUCGGGAUGUGAAGAACUUGGAAGAAGUUGUCAACGCUUGCAUUGCUACGGGGUCGGUGGAUAAGGAUAAAGUAACAUUCUUUGCUGGCGAUUUAUCGGAUGAUGCGGUUGUCAAAGGCUUAAUAGAGCAUACUUUGAAUACCUUAGGACAAAUCGAUACAUUGAUUAAUUCCGCCGGAAUUCUUACUAGUGGGCCAGUGCUCGAAUGUGAUAUUGAUGUCUAUGACAAACAAAUGGAAGUGAAUGUACGAAACGUGGUGAAGCUGACUAGGGCUGCACUGCCCGAAAUUAUCAAAGCGAAGGGAACAAUUGUUAAUGUUUCCAGCAUCACCGGACCUUGUCCAUUCCCAGGCGUAGCAUAUUACUGUAUGUCGAAGGCUGCUUUGGAUCAAUUCACCAAGUGUUUGGCUCUUGAAAUGGCUCCAUUAGGAGUUAGAGUUAAUGCUGUUAAUCCCGGUGUAAUUGUUACCAGUGUUCAUUUGAGAUCCGGAAUGACAGAAGAAGCAUACGAACAGUUCAUUCAAAAAGGAAAAGAUACUCAUGCUCUUGGCCGAGUAGGAGAACCUCAUGAAGUAGCAGAGGCUAUUUUGUUUUUGGCAAGUAGCCGUAGCUCCUUUACGACUGGGGAGCUACUUCGUGUUGAUGGUGGUCGCGGAAUCAUGCAUCCUCGUUAA